AAGUACAGAAGUUGAAUGGUUGUUCAGAUUAACUGUCUGAGGGAGAAACUUUUAAAGUUUUUAUUUUAAUAGCCCUACAGUACUUUCCCAUGGGGAGCAUUUGGAAAAAGCAGCUUGUUGGAUGUGCAGUGUUGGUAAUUAUUUUUCCUGCCUGUUUCUUUAUCCUGAGCAGUCAAUGGCGGUAGACUGCAGGCAGUGACCUUUUCUGCUGACCUGACAGCUGACAGCAGUUGGUUUUCUAUAUUGCGAGAGAAAUUUAAUUGAUUCUUAAGUGAUUUGAAGCCUGCAGAAACUUCUUAACGCCUAUGAAUUGUCUGGACUUACCCAAAUUUGUAUGUUAGGCGGCGAGCUGAACGUACAUGGGAGGAUAAUGUUAUUGUUGAGAUUGGUUUUGACACACAAAAAAUACCGCCUGAGCUCGGGGGAACUGGGGGAGAGGGCAGUGGUAGGAAUCCACGCCGCUUGCCUUUCAGAAGCCAAGCUGGGGUAGCUGAUGAGUGGGGUUUCCCUCACUGGGGUUUCCCCAUUCAGGCGCGCCCCGCCGCGUCUCUCAUGCAGUGUUUGCUAAACUCGGGAGUCGCGACGCCAAACAAAAGCAAUCAGGAAACCGGCAGAUCGAGAUUAGGAGUUCUUCUUCUGCUGGAGGCGCAGAGUGUUCCCCACAAACAGUUCCCGACCUGGCGCCCUCUGCCAUUGAACGCUCUGGGAAGCAAUCUUCUCUUCAAGUUCUUUCAACUGAACGCCGCCAAACGAAACAACGUUCCUCCGAACCUAUGCACACAACGUAUAACUCGCACACAAACCAGAUAAAGUAACCUUACCGUAAAUAAAUUAACAAAUCUUAGGGUGUAUAUAAGAUACAAGUUAACAUGUACGCAGUAUAACGUUACUGGCGCUUCACACGUCAUGAGACCCGGGUGGUGGCAGGGAGUUCAGUGGUCUCACAGCCUGGGGGAGGAAGCUGUUUCCCAUCCUAACAGUCCUUGUCCUAAUCCUCCGGUACCUCCAGCCUGAUGGUGGGGAGUCAAAGAGAUUGUGCUGGGUUUCAUCUCGCCACUGUAAAUGCUGCAAACAGCUGGCGGUUUAGGCAACAUCUGUGGAGGGAGAAACACCUCCCACUCCACAAAAAAAUCUCAGGGUUGGAAUAAUGACAUAUGCACUCCGAUAAUAAAUUUACCAUGAACUUUGAACACCUAUUAAUGUUUCCGGUUAGAUAAGAUGGACAGUAAUAGUCUUUCCCCCAGCGUGAAAAAAUUCCAAGACUAGAUGGCGGGUGUUCAUUGUUAGAGGGGUAACAUUUAAAAGGAGCCCGCGAGACAACUUUUUGAGUUUCAGCUUUAAGAGGAAGUGGUUGAGGGGGUAAAAUAGUAUUAUUUAAGAACCAUUCCAAUAAAGUACGUGGAGGGGAUGAGCCUGGAUAUGGGCCGAACGCAGGAAAUUGGGACCAGAGGACGCAUACAAAAUACUAGAGACUUCUCCCCCGGCCCAAAACAUCAACGGUUUAUUCCCCCUCCAUAGGUGCUGCCCGCCUUGUUGAGUUCCUCCAGCAUUUUAAGGGCAUAACUCUGGAGUUCCAGCAUCUGCACAAUCUCUUUUGUUUAUAAAUUGGGACCAGAAGGUGGUCGGCAAGGAUUCGUUGGGCCGAAGGGUCUAUAUCCGUGCUGGAUUCUGUUGAAGGGAUCACUGGAUUGAAGAUUCCAAAAGGUUCCCUCCCAUCAAUUAUCCCCACUGCCACCGCCGCUGGAUUUUCCCUUCUUCAGACCCAGAGACCUCUGCAAUUGUAUGGAAAGUCUCAUCCUCUUGAGAUUCACACUUUCUUCUGAAUGCAAUGUUUUUCCCUCUGAAGGUUUCUCCCCUCGUUCCUCGUGGCAGGCAGAGUGGCUUGAAAUUAAUGAGGUAAUGUUGCACAUGUUAUCUAACCUGCUUCCUGUACUUAAGAAAAAUUACCCUUGGAAUUUCCAAGGAGGAAGACUGUAUCGCACAUUUUGUGGGCCGAGAUUAACCCUCACAGAGGGAGGUUGCCCCUUGGUUUUGCUCUUCAGAAUUCCUACACGCCCUGCUGAUCCUGGGAAAGACGGCUGGCAGAGGAGUCUCCAGAGCCGCCGCAGGUCCAGCCGGCCACAGUGCGUUUCAUUUUAAGGAAGCGGGGAGAGUUGCAGAGGCCGGAAGAGUCUCGAUCUCGGGUAGUGUUGGUGAGCGGAGAGUCCGGUUGAUCAGGCGGUUCAGCGACGGAGCCGGUCGGAUCAGUCCCGUGGAGAGGUGGGGCACGACGAGUCUUUCAUCCUUCACCGGGAGUUGAACGAGGGACUUUACACAACGCGCAGGAAGCUGAUAACGGCUUCACUUUCGGUUUUUGCUGAGAUCAGAGAGGGGAAGAAACCGCCCCGCCAAGUCGCCGAGUCUCCGAGAUUGCGCGCCUGAGUCCACGGAGUGAGGAUGACCUCCCCUUCCCUCCUGCUCUGCCUAAUACUCCUGACGGCGGUGGUCAUCUCAGGGGAACUACCCUCCGUGUCUGUUGAGGUCCCAAGCAGCGUGAACGGUACUGUCGGACGUUCGGUGAUUUUGCCCUGCACUUUGAAGUCUCCCUACACCGAGUACACGACCGUUGAGAUUGUCAUCACCUGGAAGAUCAAGGUGUUUUACACAGGGUCAGUAUUGUUCAACGUGACUAACAGGAGCAAGGACAGCAAGGAGUUUGAGAAUGAAGUUCACACAAAUACCAAAGGCCGGUACAAACUGGCUGGGGACCCGAGAAAGGGGAAUGCCGCCCUGGAGCUGCAGAAUGCUACACUGGAUGACAGUGAUCAAUACUUCUGCCGUGUGGAAAUCAAUCGACAGGGCCUGAACACCUUCAAGGCCGAAUCCAACCCUGGGAUCACACUGGAAAUAUUGGGUGCCCCAAUCAUCCUCCGUGUUUAUGUUAACGUCAUCAAUGCCACCUAUUCUACUAUAGAAUGUCUGGCAGAGGGGCAACCCUCCCCAAACAUCAUUUGGAUCGACCCCCACAACAAGAGUCUUCCAGUGGACGGCAGAGACACUCCCGUCACACCAGGACCGGGAAAGUAUCAGACCCUGGGAGAGCUACAUCACCCAAAGCUGGCGGGAAAUUACACCUGCCUGGCGGUAAACGACCAAGGAAACACCAUGCAGUCCGUCCAUCUGCUCAAAAUGGUGGAGAGCCAACACCGGCCACAGUGGCUCAUUUACAUCAUCGGAAUUCUGGUUGGAAGUGUCCUCGUGGUAAUCGUGCUUGUUAUUGCCUUAGUGAUGCUGAGGAGGAGGAGCGGAAGAGCAGAGUUUAACUCAACACGCAAAAGGGCCCAGCCAAAUUCAUCGGAGUAUUCGAAAGUUAGCGUGCGCCUGCAGCAGACGUCAUCAGUGGUAAUCAUGCCUGAGCAGAACGGCUCUGUUGAGAAGGUGCCCCAGGUGCCUGAAUCGAAUGCGACUGAAGAAAGCGCCUCUCUUACCGCACAGAUCUGGACACCUGAAGUGAAAGUGAUUGAAAAUGGCUCUCUGGUGGCGGUACCCCGGACGCCUGAGGAGAAUUCAAUCGCAGAAAAUGCCUCUCUUUCGGCGGUAUCCCUGACGCCUGAACCGAAUGCAACUGAGGAGAGCGCCUUUCUUACUGCGCAGACUUGUACGCCUGAAGUGAACAUUACUGAAGACAACGGCUCGCUUGUGGCAGAGUCCCGUAUGCCUGAGCAGGACACGGAGGGGAGUGAUAAAUGAGUGGCCAUACUAACACUGAGUUAAUACUGCAGAGACUUACUACUAGGGACCCACUUCAGCAGAAUUGAAUCCUUUAGGACAAGCGGUGUAUGAGAGAGAGGGACUGAGUGUGAAUAUCACUGUGUAUGUGUAUAUGAGCAUGUCUGUGUGUGGGUUUACCAGUGAGUAUGUCAGCAUGUGUGUGUGAAUCAACACGUCUGUAAUGAGUAUCUGUGAGUGUGUAUGAAGAGCAUGUAUGUCAGUGUGGGUGUGUGCAUGUAGAUGCACAUCUGUGUUAGUGAUGUAUGUCUGAGAGUGUGUGUAUGUCAAUAAGCUUAUUUACCAGCCUAUGCAUGUCAGUGAGAGUGUGUUUCUGUAUCAGUCAGUGUGUGUAGAUGAAUGUCAGUGAGCUGUGUGUGUGUAUUUAUCAGUAUAUAGGUGCAUUUCUGUCUGUGUGUAUUUCAGUGAGCUGUUUAUAAGCAUGUUGUGUGUUUAUUUAUCAGUAUAUUGGUGCAUUUCUGUCUGUGUGUAUUUCAGUGAGCUGUUUAUAAGCAUGUUGUGUGUGUAUUUAUCAGUAUAUCGGUGCAUUUCUGUCUGUGUGUAUUUCAGUGAGCUGUUUCCCAGUGAGUAACAUCACUGUGUGCAGAUGUAAGAGUAUGUGAGCACAGAGAGUGCCAAGGAUGAAUGACUGCUUUUAAGAUCCUUGAAGUGAGUGGAUGAACGGACACACGAGGACCCCGUGAAGCGAUGAAGCAGUUUCCCACAGGACAUAGAUUCUACCCUAGCAAGGUGUGACAUCCUACCCAGUGGUGUGAUUCCAGAACUUGGUAGACAUGUUGGAAACUUCUGGAGGGUCCGGCCAGAAUUGAUCCCUACGGGAAGGUGCUGGUGAGACUCGGCUGAGUGGAACCAGGGUGUCAGACCAGACCUAAGGAGAAAGCAGCCAGAUGAGAGUUCUCUAACAACUUCUGCUGCUUCUAGGUAUUUUUUUAAAAAUUCCUCCCAGUGGAAACUGAAUUUCACCAUUCAGACCGCAUUUGGAUGUUUGGGUCCCUUAUCAAAGAUAGGAUGUACAGGUAUUGGAGAGAGUCCAGAGGAGGUUCAUAAGAAUGAGUCCAGGAACGGAACGGUUAACAUAUGAGGUGCAUCUGAUGGCUCUGAGCCUGUACUCGCUGGAGUUCAAUGAACCACAUAUAGAUAAUUUAGUUACUAGCAAAAGCGUUUCUGCUUCGACACCACCCCAAAAAUUAAUAUACAGUCAGCCCUCCUUAUCCACGGGGGAUUGGUUCCGGGACCCCUCACGGAUACCAAAAUUCACAGAUGGUCAAGUCCCUUAUGCAACCUUUCUUAAUCUGGUGGACCUUAGGACCCAGCGGAACUCCAGACCUUUAUUUAACCAGUCUCAGUGCGGUGGACAUUAGGACCCGGUGCCAGAGCUCUGAAUGCACAGUGCUUCUGUUCACGAAAAUAAUCACAAUCACGAUUGAAAGUAAAGUGGAAAUAAUAAAGCAAUCGGAAACAGGUGAAACACCAUCGGUCACUGGAAAAGCGUUAGGCUACGUCGGUCAACGAUCGUAACAAUUUUAAAGGAUAAGGUGAGAAAGGCUCUGCCCCAAUGAAAAGCUACAAUUAUUACUAAGCUUACCUAGUAAGAGAACUCCCGAUUUUUUUCGAUCCCGUUGCACGAUAAUCCACACACAUCCUCCCGUAUACUUUAAAUCAUCUCUAGAUUACUUAUAAUACCUAAUACAAUGUAAAUGCUAUGUAAAAUGGUUGUUAUACUGUAUUGUUUAGGGGAUAAUGACAAGAAAAAAAGACUGUACAUGCUCGAACAACAAAUGCUGGAAGAGCACUUCCGGGUUUUCGCGUUCCACGGUUGGUUAAAUUCGCGCAAGCAGAAUCCGCGGAUAGGGAAGGACGACUGUAUUUCCAUUUAUCCACUUUUAAGUUGAACAAAACUUUUUCUGGGUGUCAAAUAUUUAA